AAAAAAAAGUUAAAAUGGCGGCCGUUUGAAUCGGUGUCGGUGUUUUUGGCAAUCUUUUCUGUACUAAAGUAACACAUUUUCCGUAAUAGAAUAAAUAAUUAAUCUAUAAUCUUAUAGUAUAUAUCUUAUGAAAUCGUAAACAAUAGAAAUAGCUUUAUAGGGCAAAGUAAAUGCGCAUUCGUCUCAAUUAAUUGUGUACUUGGUAAGACCAAUGUUUUUCAAUUAUAAUGUCAAAACAAGGAAAAAGAAAAAUUACUGUGGAAUUACCGAAAACAAAGGACCUAGCAAAUAGACCUAGUGUUUUUGAGCGCCUUGGGACCAAAAAAACUUCUAGUACAAGUGGUAAAAAAACAAGUGAAUAUUGUAGACAGUGGGCACAACACGGCAGUUGCGUUUACGGCAAAGGCUGCAAGUUUGCUGUUACGCAUACGUUAAUAAGUCCAUCGAAACAGCGAGCAGCUAACAAAGAUAGUGAUCUUAAGAAUGCAGUUAAAGAUGACCCUAAAAGCAGAUUGCAUUCUACAGUCGUAGUUAGAACAGGACGCAGUCCAGAUGGAGAGAUCGAUAAUUGGGAUCAAAGUGACCUAGAAUAUGCUGACACAGAUGUAUUGGAGAAAAGGAGGCAGCAGUUGCAGCGCGAAUUAGAAUUGCAAUUGAAAAUGGAUUCAACUAAAGAUAUGCGUAAUGAUAAGAAAAAGAUGGCAUCCAGCUCAUCCUCGUCUCGUAGCUCCAGUUCCUCAAGCGUCUCGUCGUCGUCCUCGGAUGGUACGUCAUCAUCAUCCUCAUCUGGCAGAGAUGCUAAGCGAAAAGUAAAGAAAACGAAACUUAAAAGAAAUUCGAGUUCUUCCUCUGAUUGUGAGACCCCAUCUAAAAAGAAAUUGAUAAAAAAUGAUUCUUUGAAAAGGGACAAAAGUGAAUCAAAAAAGACUAAUGUCAAAAAAGAUGACAGAGUUCUAAAGAAAACUGAUGUAAAGAAAAAGACACUGACAAAGGCAGCGCUAGGAAAGAAGUCACUUUCACCAGGGAAAAAAGCUGGUGGCACUCCACCAAUUGUGACUAAAACUCUUGCUACCAAAAGUGCUCCCAAACAUGCCAAAUCACCAGUAAGAAGGGAAAGGAACAGAAGUGUUUCUCCGCAUUCUGUAAGAGACCGUGACAAAGAUAGGGAUCGAAAUAAAGAAAAGGAUAGAGACAAAGAACGAGAGAAAGAGCGUGAAAAAGACAGAGAUCGCACCAGAGCUCGCAGCCGAUCUCCCAAAAAAGCUAGAUCAAGAUCACCUCGACGACAUGGGUCACACCCAAAAGAUCCAAGAAGAAAAGAAAGCUCUGAAAGGAGUAGACCAGUAUCGCCAAAAAAACAAAUUAGAAGAGACGUUAGUGUGGAACGCCACAGAAAAAGAUCUGCAAGUAGAGACAGAGAAAGAACUCGGGAUCAUAAAGAUAGAUCUUUGGAGAGAAGAAAAGAUAAACAUGAUGAUAAAGACAGGCAUGAUAGAAAAGAUAGGGGAAGAGAUAGAAAUAAGGAUAUAAAAAGAGAUGAUAAUAAAAGAAGGGGUCGGGACAGAGGAUUAGGUGGUAGGGGUGGAUCUGACAAAGGUUUAGAAAAACCUAAUAAACCUAUGGAAAGGCUUCUACCUCGUCCAGAGGAACGUUUAGCUGCCCUUGCAGCAAUUUCAAACAGAACAAUAGAAAGUGAUAAAAAUUCAACAACUUCAAAGGACAGACAAGAUAAUCAUUCUGACAGAGGUGGAAGAAAACAAGAUAGAUUGGAAAGAGAUCGGUCUACCAAGAGAGACAGGUUAGACAGUCUAGAAAGAGAACCUGGCGAUUAUGAAAUGGGCAUUGAACGUCAAUAUGAUCAUAGUCAUAACAUGGAACACUAUGACAGAUUAGAUGAUCGUUUUGAUGGAGGGCCAAGAGAUGACGAAAGAUCUCCUGGGUAUAUUCAAGGAAGAGAAAGACAUUAUGAUCCUGGAUAUGAUAUGGCUGGGCCUCCUCGAGGUUAUCCUGAAGAUGAAGAAAGAAUUUAUGGUGAAUCUAUGGAUCACAGAGGAGUUGAAAUAGGGUAUGACGAUCGGCGGCCUCAUCACGACCAUUCGUGGGAGGGUCGUUCUGGGUCCAUAGAUCGCGAACGUGGGUACAUACAUCCACAUAAGGAUUGGGAUAACGAAGACUAUCGUGGUCCAGGAGAUUGGGGUAGGGAGCGACAUUGGCCUAUUCAUGAUCCUCAGAUGUCUGAAUGGGGAGAUAAGGAUGCUGACAUGGAAGUUUGGCAUCAUCGUGGCCAUCCUCCAGGGCCACACCGUGGCAGACAUCAUGAAGAUUUUAAUCGUGGAAUGCGAAUGGAGCUUGGGAGGAAUGACAGCAGUAAACGACGCGGUCAGAGAAACGAUCCUGAACCUACAGUCAAAGAGUCUUUGCCACCUGCAGCAUCAGCAACCGCUCCAUCAACUCAGGAAGAAACCGAAGUUGAGGACAAACCAGUGCCAGAUGAUCUUAGUGAAAUAAGUGACGAUCCUGACGAUAUCUUAGAAAGAGAAGAUAUGUUGGACCAAAACAUAGAUGAACAAAUUCUUGCAGAAAAAACAGCUGAUGAAGUAACAUCAAAACCUGAGGGAUCUGAAAAAGACUCUACUCAGGACACAGGCGGCGCUGGUGAAGAAAAAGAAUCACAGGAAGGUAAAGAGGAUGAUGAUGUUGCCAAUUUAGAUUUUGAAGAAAUAUCUGAUGGGGAAUUAGAAGAAGAACGAACAAGAGCUGGUUUAGGGGAUGCAUUGGGUGUCGAUUGGGCAAGCCUAGUAGCAGAUGCGCGACGCCGAGAACAAGUACCUUCCACUGGCGGGGCUAGAGACCGUUGGCGGCCAGAACGUGUGCUUGCUCGUAUUGGCCUAUCUAUCCAUAUGGCUGGCAAAGACACAGUACAGAAAAUUCUAGACAAAAAUGCAGAGUCUAUUCAAGCAGAAAAGAAUCAACAAGUUUCAAAUAAUGGCGAUGAUGCGGUACAAAAUGGUCAAUGUGAGGAAAGUUUAGAGAAAGAGAUUCCUAAAGAUGUUAACUCUCUACACCCAAUUGCUGCCAUUCAGGUCGCCAUCGAGAAGAGAAAACGUCAGCGUGCUGUGUUAUUUGGAUCUGGCUGCGAAAUAACGCGUGGUUUAAGCGCAAGGCGCGAUCUCGCCUUACGACGAUAUUUAUGCCAUUUACCAGCUACUGAACGUACAGGACAAUCUCGCGUGGCUCCACAGCCGUCUCUAUUUCAUACAGCACGAGCUCUUUUGAUGCAAGAACCUGUAACUGGCUGACAAAGGCCGAAAAAAGAUUAAAUUUGUUUACAUCAUGUUUUUAAUGAAGUAUUUACGGAAUGACUUUGUCGAGUGGGGAUUAAAAUGUUCCUGAUGUGUUGAAAAUGUGUCAGUACACUGAAAAUUCUUGAGUGAUGUGAGUGAAGUGAUAGAUCAAAACAAUGUGCAAUAGAGUUAAUGUUUAAAACCGUCAUAAUUUAAACUAAAUAUAUUGAAACAUAUUUUCCUGCAAUGCUUUUUAAAGUCUUUAUAAGUGUAAAAUAUAUGACAAAUAAAUUCAUAUUUUUAUAGAA